UCCUUCAUUUUCAUCAUCUCUUCUCAUCAAUACUAUUUGCAGUGCUCCUUCAUUUGCUCUUUCCCCAAACCUCUUACUACCUAACCCCUAUCCUCCCAAUAUUCACAAUUCACAAAGGACACACAAUAUAAAAUAUACAUACAAAAAACACAAAACAAAACAUCAUGUGUUCAUCCGAGACUAAACUCCAGGCAGCUCCGAAUGUUCUUCAACCCAACCGAAACAGAGUCUCUCUGUUGGAGCGGCGCAGUUCCCUUAAAAAGCCCUCCGCCGCCGCGGUGCUGCCCCUUCCGCCGCCGUCUAGGGCGGCGCCAAUCACCACUACUCCUCCCGCGUCUCCCAAGAUAAAAUCGCCCAGACAGCCCGCCGUGAAGCGGUCCGGGAACGAUCCCAAUGGCCUCAACUCUAGCGCCGAGAAGGUUUAUUCCACUCCGAAGCCGUCGCCGGCAACCUUGCUGGCAAAGAAGUCCAAGAAAGGCGGCGGCGCGGCAGUGAUGAUUGACGAGCCGGGAAGCAUAGCGGCGGCGAGGAGGGAACAGGUGGCAAUCAUGCAGGUGCAGAGGAAAAUGCGGAUUGCUCACUACGGAAGAACCAAAUCCGCUAAGUAUGAACGGAAGGUGGCUUCCGGCGAGUUCUCAGCCGCCCCCGCCGCCGUAACGGCGGUCGUCCGUGAGGAGAAGAGGUGCAGCUUCAUCACGCCCAAUUCGGACCCCGUGUAUGUCGCUUACCAUGAUGAAGAAUGGGGAGUUCCUGUCCAUAAUGAUAACAUGUUGUUUGAACUAUUGGUGUUAACUGGUGCACAAGUUGGAUCAGAUUGGACAAUAGUCUUGAAGAAAAGGCAAGAUUUCAGGGAUGCAUUUUCAGGGUUUGAUGCAGAAGCAGUUUCAAAAUACACGGAGAAGAAGAUAACUUCUGUAAGUGCUGAUUAUGGCAUAGAAUUGAGCCAAGUCAGAGGAGCUGUUGACAACUCUAUCAGAAUUCUUGAGGUCAAGAAGCAAUUUGGGUCAUUUGAUAAGUACCUAUGGGCAUUUGUGAACCACAAGCCAAUUGCCACACAGUACAAGUGGUGCAACAAGAUUCCGGUGAAGACCUCAAAAUCAGAAGCCAUAAGCAAAGACAUGGUGAAGAGGGGUUUCCGGUACGUCGGUCCAACCGUCAUUCACUCGUUCAUGCAGGCCGCCGGCCUUACCAACGACCACCUCACCACCUGCCCGCGACACCACCCGUGCGCCGAGCUGGCCGCUCCCCAGCGUCCAUCCACCGCCCCUUCAGUAUAAAUCAACCGCCUUCAACAAAUCAUCGUCGUGACUUAUCAUGAUUGACUAAUUAACACUAGAUAGCUGUACUUUUUGGUUGGAUUGAUUGAUGAUAUGAUGCAAGCAAGUAGUUUAAUUUGAAGUUGUAAUAUGAUUUGGGAGGUGUGACAUGCAUGUUGUUAAUUAAGAUAAAGAUGUAAUUAUAAGUAAAAUAAGAGUUGAGGGAAUGGGGGGGGGGGGACAGGUUGCAUGUGCAAGGGGGGCAGGGGAAUGGUUAAAGGCAUGUGUUUGGUGCAUAUGCCUUUCAUUUAUUCUCUUGACUCACCCCCACAAAACCUCUAUUAUUAAUUUCUUGCCCCCCCUUGUACUUUGAAGAGAAGAGAAGAUAAACAUUCUCAUCAUCAGAGCAGAGAAAAAGGAGGCUCUUUUGGGACCCACUCCUUCAUUUCCUUUUAAAUUAUUUUAGGAAAAAAAUUUGAGGAAAACAAUAAUAUAAAAAGACAUAGAGAUAUGGGGUGGUUGUGGUUGUGGUGUUGUUGCUCAUCCAUCCAUCUUGCUGAACUCUUUCUAACUUUUUACCAGCUUAGGGUCAGAGUUUGGCAAACACAAAAGUUUGUGUUGGUGGAAUAAUAUAAUGUACCACAUUAAUUAUCUUUUGUUUUUGUGUUUUUUUUUUUUUCUAGUGUGUAUCAUACUUUCAUCUAGUGGGUGUGAAUUUUGGUGUGUUUUUGGAUCAUAUUUCCCAUCUUCUUUUUUUGGUUGGGGAUUGUAAUGUUUUGGAUGAUGUUCUAUAUAAAUAAGUGGAUUGUUUUGUUA